AACACAAGCCAGAGCGGACGCGAAGAAAAAAAAUAAUGAAUAAAGAAUGCCAACCAAUAAUAAAUAAAAUACACUAAAUGAACAAUUUUAUUAAAUAAGAAAUUCCAUAAUGGAUUCCUUAACGUACAAUACUGAAGAAAUUCCAAACGAAACUCAUUGCAAUAAAGAUGAAGAAAUGCAAGUAGAAACAACUCCUACUGCAAUAAAUAAUAAAAAUGAUAACACAAAUGAAAACACAAUUGCAACCACAACUGCAAAAAUUGCAACUACAGCAAUAAUCAACAGUAACCAAGAGACUGAUUUAGAGGCCAUGUCUAAAGAUUUAGAAGAAUCCACACUACAACCACAAUUACCACAAAUUAAAGAAACAACGAAUACUUCUACUUCUUCUGAACCACUAACUACUUCCUACAAUUCUAAUACUGCAACUGAUACUACAUUAGCAACAAAUAUAUGUGCUACAACUGCAACAGCAACAGCAGUAACAACAACAACCCCCGUAUCAUCUAAUCAAUUUGUAACUCCUCAAAAACCAGAAAAUAAAUCAAUACAAUUACAUGCAUCUACAUCUUUAAAGAAAAAACGUAAUAAAUUUUCCAAAUGUCUUGUCGGCAAUAGCAACAAUAAUAAAAGCAGCAACAGCAAUAGCAACAUUGGCGGCAGCAUUAAUGUUGAUCAUCAUGAUUCAUCAUCGUCAUUAUCGAAUGUUUUGGCAUCGAAUAUAAAAACUUCUUUAUCGAUGACUUCAUUGCCACCGGAUGAAAAACAGGAAAGUCGUGAUGGUAUUAAGGCUAAAUUGAAGGUGGAGAGGCCUUAUAAUAGUUUAAAGAAAAACACGGAUCGCAAUUUAACCAACCAGUUGGCGCAGAUGCACUCAUCAUCUAAGAAUCAUGCCUCUAGUAAUAACAAAUAUAAUCGUUACUCCUGGGGUAGUGGUCACAGUUCGUCAUCACUGCACAGUAGUGCUGCCACUUUGGGUAUUGGUUCGGGUAAAGAUGACUUAUGGGCUGCCAUACAAACGAAUUACAAUUAUAUUAUGGACACCAACCUUUUGGACACUUGCAAAGAGGCAAGAUGUGAGAUAGAGGGAGCCGUUAGUGUUUUAGAAGAUACGAUGGAUAAAAGUUUUAAGCUGCUGGACGAUAAUAAUCGUAAUGUGGGCUCUUGUGAAGAUCCCAAAGAAUUACGUAAAUGGUUACGUGAUAUGGAAAAUAAAUUAGAAAAUGCACCCUCCUUAUCGGAAGCCACCAUGUUGACAUGUGCUGAAUUAGAAUCACAUCUAAAUGAACAUACGGUAAAUAUUAAAUGUCUUUAUCUAGCCUUAAAAAAAUUGUUGUUUUGUAGGUAAGUUUUGUUGGCUUGUGAUUACAAAAACUAAUCUUUGAAGAUCAUUGUUAAAAUGAUCUCGUUUUGCAUAGUAAAAAUUUGCUACAAUUUAUAUUUAAAUAUCUUUUCAAAUAAAUGAACAAAAUAAAUCCAUUAUUAAGUUUUCAAACACAAAAAUAACGGCUGUAGAAUGGCAGUUUAAACGCCUCUAACGCCCACCAAAAAAAAACACGCCUCUUUAACGGUAUUAAAUCAUAUAAUUUCACUCUUCAUGUAUGUAAAUACAUACAUAUGUACAAAGUACUACAGAUGUAGAGGAAUUUCUUUCAAACUAAACUAAAAGUAACAACUCUUUUCCAUGAAAUAGAAAUGUUAAAAAGUUAACGCCUUUAUCUGUAGGAAAAAAUUAGAAUACGUGAAACUAUUUAUACUCUACAUCAAUUUAGUGGGGAGGUUAUACUGGGUUUGUUCUGAUGUUUGUAAGGUAUACCAAUCGGCUUAGAAUCAGUUUCUGAGUGGAUUGAGCUAUAUCUGUCUGUCCCUCCAUGUAAUCAAUCUACAGGUCGCAAUUUUAAAGAUAAUUCAAUGAAAUUUGGUACAUGAUAUUUUAUUGCCCCAAAGACGAUUCCCCCUGGGGCAUGUUACCUUGGUGAGACCUCCGCCUUGGUGUUAUUGCAAUGCCAAUACCUCCAGUCUUUCCGGGACUGAAAAAUUUGUUACAGUC